GACAACUCAAUAUCUACGGCCCAGGAACUACAGCCGCGAUGCCGGGCCUCGGCGCUCUGCUCGCGUUCAUCCAGACGCCGCUUGGAGCGGUCUGGCUUAUCUGCACGCUCGUGAUUACAUGGCUGGGCUGGUACCCGUUGAGGCGCUAUGCUUUCCGCAAGUUCCCAGGUCCCUUUGGCCUGCCCUUCCUGGGCAACUUGCCUCAGAUCGCCGCCAUGGACACCACAGCCUUCCUCACAUCCUCCGCGGUCAAGUACGGCCCCGUGUGCAAGGUGUGGUUCGGCACUCGGCCCUGGGUCCUCAUCAACGACCCCGAGCUCAUCAGGCGCCACUCGUUCCGCUGGCCCGCCCGGCCCGCCAACUUCGCCUCCUACUUCCACGUCAUGACGGGCGAGAACCGGGCCAUCGACCGGGCCGGUGUGGUGCUGGCGGAGGGCGAGGCGUGGCGCCGCACCCGGCGUGUGUUCGAGGCGUCCAUCAUCCACCCCGCCAGCCUGGCGGCGCACGUGCCCGCCAUGCUGCGCUGCCUGGGCCGCUUCACGGCGCGGCUGGACCGCCACGCCGGCAGCGCCCAGCCGCUGGACGUGGCGGCGGCGCUGGGGGACCUGAUGCUGGCGGCCAUGGGGCAGAUCGCGUACGGAGUUGAUUUCGGCUGUGAGGAGGGUGCCGACAGCAGCGCGAGCAACAGCAGCGGCGUGGCCGGAGAGCUGGUGGCGGCGCUGAGGGACCUGUUCGAGACCAUGCGAAUGGAGAACGCCACAGCCUACCUGCCGCUGCAGCUCAUGUUCCCCGCCCUGGAGCCGCUGUGGCUGUGGGCGGCGCACCAUAUGCCUGACGCCAAGCAGACCAAGGCCAUGCGCGCGCGCUCCAAGGUAGCGGAGGUGAGCCGGCUGUUGAUGGAGCAGUGGCAGGCCAACAAGGCGGCCGCAGUGGCGGCGGCCGCAAGCGGUGGUGCCGGCGGCGCUGACGGCGGCGACAGGGCGGGCGGGUUCAAGGAGGUGGGCGGCGGCAUCAGCUCCAGCAGCUUCAUGGCUGCCAUGAUGGAGGGCCGGCGGGGCGCGGUGGAGGACCGACUGAGCGACAUUGAGGUGAUCGGCCAGGGCUUCACCUUCCUGGCCGCGGGCUACGAGACCACCAGCGCCGCCACCUCGUUGGCGCUGUUCCUGCUGGCCACACACCCCGAGGCGGCGGCGAGGCUGGCGGCGGAGGUGGAUGCCGUGCUAGGCGGCGGCCGCGAGCUCACUGCGGAGCUGCUGGCGGAGAAGCUGCCUUACACCGAGGCUGUGAUCAAGGAGACGCUGCGGCUGCACCCGGGCAUCACGUUCCUGGUGCGGGAGGCCACCGAGGACGUCGACCUGGGCGCAGGCAGGGUAGUGCCUAGGGGCUCUACACUCUGCAUGGCAACGCACGCUGUGAUGCACGACCCCGACAUUUGGCCCGAGCCUGAGGCGUUCAGGCCCGAGCGCUUCCUGCCCGAGGGCAGCGCUGGAGGCGGCGGCAGCAGCAGCCUGUGGCCCACGGCUGGUGGCAACAACCCGCACGUGUGGGCGCCCUUCGGCAUGGGGACGCGCAUGUGCGUGGGCCACAAGCUGGCAAUGAUGGCCUCCAAGGCCACGCUGGUUUCGCUGUGCCAACGCUUCAGCUUCGCGCUGCACCCCAAGCAGCCGCUGCCGCUCAAGCUGAAGACGGGGCUCACGUACGGACCUGCGGACGGCGUUUGGAUGACCGUCACGCGGCGGGGUUGAAACCAGUUGGCCUGGUGUUGUCAGGGGAGGUGUAGUGGUGAUGGCAACUCGCGUGCGCUGUCCAUGUGGUGGUGUGGAUUGGUGAGGGUUGGCGGUGGUGCGCGACGCGGUAAAGGACGGGGCAUAUGACGCUGGAGCUGUUAGGAGCUGUUCGUGCGUGAGAAGGGGCGAGCCUACUCCUGGUGGUCUAAGACCAUAAAUACAUGAGAGGACUAGGGGGACGGACGGCGCUAUGUGCGAUUGUUCAUACAAAAGGCGGGCUCACACUGUGCGCAGACAAGGGAAGGACAUGAGGACGGAGCUGCGUUACUUGGAUCCAAG